UAACAUACAGGGCAGAAAAAAAAAAACAUUUUAGAAAAAAAAAUUAUACUUUCUGAAACAUAAAACUGAUAUUUGUUUUAUAUUAGCAGCAGCAGCAGUCUGAUUUUUAUAAGAUUUGCCAUCACUGCAUUGACAAAGAUGAGCACUUCGUCUUCAUCUCCUUCCUCUUCUCUUUGCUUUCGGCUCAUUUGCUUGAUGCUCCUGGCUGUUUACUGUCAGGGGAGACCGGCGCGGCAGCACGGCCACCACAAGAGCCUGCCGGCGGGUCUGUUCGGUGUCGAGCUCGCCGCUCUGCUUGAAGACGCGGGCGCCGCCGAGGGCUCAUCGGGGGAGGAGACGGGGCUAAACCAGCGUGCCGCCCCGACCCUCGGAGUCCUGCACCCCGGUUCCGGGAGACGCGGUCCGCAGGCUGACCCGGAGCCCGAGCCCCCGGCCGAGAACAAGCCGUGGCGCCGCCUGCUGAAAGAUUUCGUGAGCAGCCGCAAGAUGUUUCGCGGGCGCAAGAAGACAGUGCAACGAGGCCGGGGCUGUUUCGGGAUGAAACUGGACCGGAUCGGGUCCAUGAGCGGACUCGGGUGCUAGGCGCGACCCCAUCUCGGGAUAGGGGAGGGGGGCGAGGGAUGUCUCUGGGACAUUUAUCCUGAAUUCAGACUUCUGCUUCUGACUUCUUAAGGACCAAACGAAUAACCUCUAAAAUAAUAAUAAUUAAAAAAAAUGGUUUUAUUAACUAUAAUGUUGAGCAAAUUCAUUAAAAGCUUGAAAGAAAGAAAUUAAAAUACGGUCCUUGCUAAAAGCAUUUUGUAAACAGUCGUGACGUGAUUGUUGGAACCACAAUCAAAACAUGGAACACAUUUGAAGACAAAAUCUUUUUGUCAGAUCAGCUUUUCAAACUAAAAAUAUUCUACCCUAUUUUUUUCAUAUUUUUUUUUUUUAUUUUUAUUU